AUGCAUUCUACGGAGAACUUGUCAUUCGUUCUUGAAAAAGUUCAAACUCUGAAAUUUGAGAACCGGCCUAUUCCCCAGCUACAGGACCCCCAUGAUGUCCUGGUGAGGGUGAAGUUCACCGGGAUUUGUGGAAGCGAUGUACAUUACUGGCACGCCGGCCAGAUCGGGCCCUUCAAAGUCGAGCAACCAAUGGUCCUAGGCCACGAAUCCUCAGGAAUCGUCGAAAAAAUCGGCAACAAAGUCACAACCUUAAAAGUCGGCGAUCGCGUCACAAUGGAGCCUGGCGAGCCAUGCCGUCGCUGCGAUGCAUGCAAAGUCGGAACAUACAAUCUGUGCCCUGACAUGGCAUUCGCGGCCACCCCUCCGUACGAUGGCACCCUAGCGAAAUACUAUCGUCUCCCAGAAGAUCUCUGCUAUAAGCUACCAGAAGGCAUGACUCUGGAGCAAGGCGCACUUGUGGAGCCGCUCAGUGUUGCAGUGCAUCUCGUGCGACGGGCAGAGGUGUCCCCAGGUGCAUCGACUGUCGUUUUCGGUGCGGGGCCCGUUGGACUGUUGUGUUGUGCUACAGCUAAGGCGUUCGGGGCGGGGAAGGUCGUUGCUGUAGAUAUUCAGCCCAAGAGGCUGGAAUUUGCGAAACAGUAUGGCGCAACGUCGACUUUCCUACCGGGCACCGUUUCAGCAGUGGAAAACGCUGCGCGUCUGGUUGCCGAAAGCGGUCUCGGUAAUGGUGCUGAUAUCGUGAUUGAUGCGUCUGGAGCGGAGGCCUCGAUCAAUACUGGUAUUCAUGUUCUUCGCCCUGGUGGUACGUACGUCCAGGGUGGUAUGGGGCGCGACGAGGUCAAUUUCCCUAUUACCGCUGCGUGUACGAAGGAGCUGAAUGUUAAGGGGAGUUUCCGGUACUCCAGCGGUGACUACAAUCUUUCGAUUGAACUCAUUGCCUCUCAGAAAGUCAAUGUUCAGGAUUUAAUCACUGAUAUAUUCAAGUUUGAGGAUGCCGAGCGGGCUUUCGAACAAGUGAAGGCCGGGGCUGGCAUCAAAACCCUCAUCGCGGGUGUUGAAGCAUGA